CCUCAAGGGUGUAAGCGAUAACAUAGCUCGAAAACUAUCAACUCCUCUCACUGCCCCUCUUUUCGAGAGCAGCAGAUAAACCCUCCUAAAAUCCUUGAGGUGAACAGCGUCAGUUUCAAGUCCUGCUCGCAGCCAUUGAUCUUCUCUCUGAAGGUUUCUUCACAAUUUUCCAUUAUGCUAAAACAGUUUCAUACUCCCAGAUCUUUAGUCCUUUUCUGCACUACUAAACCCCUUUGGAACUUAGAAAUAUCUAUGAAUUUUUCAUGUGGGUUUCGCCCGAAAUCUCACCAACAUUCAAUUACUGUUAGAAGUUUUUCAACGAAAAUUGCAGAGGGUAGUGAAAAGAGUCUUCCUUGGCUUGGAAAAGAUAAAGUGAAACAAACUAAAAGACCUGAAAAGGUGGUUGUAAACAGGUCUUCUUGGGGGGAAUCGGCUGACAAGUUGUUUAAAGGUGCAGAGAAAAGUGUAGAACUUAAGAGAUAUGAGGAUAGACGAGACAAUUAUAAGAGCACAGCUAAUAGUGGAGAAGAUGAUGAUGAAGGAGAAAUGGAUGAUCCGAGAUGGGAUAAGAUUAAGAGCAGGUUCAGUCGGAUUAAGGUAAGACCGGGGUCUGAUAGGCCAGAGGUUAGAAGGUGGAACAAUCAAGAUAGUUGGGGUAAAAAGACAUGGAAAGAGGCGUCUGAAUCAACCCUACCGAGAAUGAUAGGCGAGGGGGUUUAUGGUGUUGGCCCUGUUUUAGCUGCAUUGUCAGCUGGAAGAAGAGAAUUUUAUGGUCUCUAUAUUCAGGAAGGGUUGGAUCUGAGUGGAAAUAACAGGAAGAAGAAGGAUAAGAAAGGGUUUGAGAGAGUUUUGAGGACAGCGGAGAAAGUUGGAUUAAGUAUAAAGGAAGUAUCUAAACAUGACCUCAAUAUGAUUAGUGAUAACAGGCCUCAUCAGGGACUGGUCCUUGAUACUUCUCCAUUGGAAAUGGUUGGUAUCAAGGAAUUGGAACCUGUUUCAAUUGAGGAAGAUACCACUCCUCUUUGGGUUGCUUUGGAUGAGGUUACUGAUCCUCAGAAUUUGGGUGCAAUUAUACGGUCUGCUUACUUUUUCGGAGCUUCUGGGAUUGUUUUGUGUGCUAAGAACUCUGCUCCAUUGAGUGGGGUAGUGAGCAAAGCAAGUGCCGGCUCACUUGAAUUAAUGGAGCUGAGGUCUUGCAAGAAUAUGAUGCAAUUCCUAACGUCUUCGGCAGAAAAUGGAUGGCGGGUCCUAGGUGGUUCUGUUUCUUCAAGAGCUGUUCCGUUGCAUGAGAUUGUGCCUGGUGCUCCUACAAUACUUGUUUUGGGAAGUGAAGGGACUGGUCUGAGACCAUUGGUGGAGAGGUCAUGUACUGAAUUAGUUAGAAUUCCGGGAAAUAUCCCGUUGGAUAUAAUCGCUGCAGAAGAUGAGGAUGCUGAGAGUGAUAAUGGUAUUUUAGGUCAGAACUUUAGAUCCUUUAUGGCUGUGGAAAGCUUGAAUGUAAGUGUUGCAGCAGGUGUGCUUCUUCAUCACUUGAUUGGUAGCAAAAACAACUAACAACAAAAGCAAGCUUAUGUAAUUUUG